CGGGAAAGACGGUUGGAGAGGGAGGGGCGAGCGAGCGGUUACUCACUCCAUGGCUGCGGAAAGAAGAGGCGGCGGUGGCCUCAGCUGAAGAAAGACGGCAGGAGCGGAGAGCGCAGGCGCGGUUGCAGACACCGGUGGAAUUGCUUUGGGAGCCGGAGUAGCUGCUGCCACCAGAGUCUGGAGCCAUGAGCAGGUUUAAUUUUGGAGGCACGGGGGCCCCCACAGGCGGGUUUACAUUCGGCGCUGCAAAGACAGCAACGACCACACCUGCUGCGUUUUCUUUCUCUACAUCUGGCACCGGAGGGUUUAAUUUUGGGACCCCUUCCCAGCCGGCCUCGAGCACCCCUUCCACCAGCCUGUUCUCACUCACCACCCAGGCUUCAGCGACAGCGCAGGCCCCGGGAUUCAGUUUUGGAACCACAACUCCUGCCGCAGGAGGAACUGGGUUUUCCUUAGGCCUGAGCACCCCAAAGCUAAACCUGAGCAGCAGCGCAGCUGCCACCCCAGCCCCAGCACAGCCCAGCGGCUUCGGGCUGGGCGGCAGCACGCUCUCCAAUGCCGUCUCGAGCGCCGUCACAUCCGCCCAGGGCUCCACGCCCAGCGGCUUUGUGUUUGGCUCCACCACCACCUCUGCUGCUCCGUCUACCACGCCCGGGGGCUUCUCGUUCACAAGUGGAAGCACGUCCCAGACUGGGACCUCCAGCUUCAACAUCGGCUCCGUGGGGAGUUCGGCCCAACCCACAGCCCUUCCCGGGCUGCCCUUCACUCCGGCCACUCCAGUAGCCACUGGGGCGGGGGCCACACAGCCGGCUGCCCCCACACCCACCACCACCACCACCACCACUGGGCCCACGCUCUUUGCCUCACUGGCAACCACUCCAGCCUCAUCUACCACCUCGGGGCUCUCCCUUUGUGCCCCAGCAACCACAGCCGGAACGCCCGGAACAGGGAUGCUGGGCUUUAGCCUGAAGCCCCCCGGAGCAGCUUCCACCACCUCUGCAGCCACGACCACCACCGCCGCCACCGCCACCACCACAGGCUUGGCCUUGAAUCUCAAACCACUGGCACCAGCUGCCAUCCCCAGCAACACAGCGGCCUCCGGGACCGCUGCAGCCGGCCCCAGUGCGGCCACCGGCGUAUCCGCCAACCCCGCGAUGACCUACGCCCAACUGGAGAGUCUGAUCAACAAGUGGAGCCUGGAGCUGGAGGACCAGGAGCGGCACUUCCUGCAGCAGGCCACGCAGGUCAACGCCUGGGACCGCACGCUGAUCGAGAACGGGGAGAAGAUCACCACCCUCCACCGCGAGGUCGAGAAGGUGAAGCUGGACCAGAAGAGGCUGGACCAGGAGCUCGACUUCAUCCUGUCUCAGCAGAAGGAGCUGGAGGACCUGCUGAGCCCGCUGGAGGAGUCGGUCAAGGAGCAGAGCGGGACAGUGUACCUGCAGCACGCGGAUGAGGAGCGAGAGAAGACCUACAAGCUGGCCGAGAACAUCGACGCGCAGCUCAAGCGCAUGGCCCAGGACCUUAAGGACAUCAUUGAGCACCUGAACACGUCGGGGGGCCCCGCCGACACCAGCGACCCACUGCAGCAGAUCUGCAAGAUCCUCAAUGCGCACAUGGACUCCCUGCAGUGGAUCGACCAGAACUCGGCCCUGCUGCAGAGGAAGGUGGAGGAGGUGACCAAGGUGUGCGAGGGCCGGCGCAAGGAGCAGGAGCGCAGCCUCCGCAUCACCUUCGACUAA